AAGAGUCACUUGGUUUGAAACAUUGCAAUACUUUGUUGGUAACGAGUCCGUCAAUCUCGGCGAGAUGAAAUUAUUGUAUCUUCUUGUGCUCGUGGCAUUGCUUGUUGAUUAUAUUCACACGUUGUCUUUGGCCGCAAGUGAAGAAAAUCGUCCCUUUAUCACACGCAACGAUAAAACUGACGAAGCAAACCUAACCCGUAUAAGGAGAGUUGCUUUGCUUAAAUUGCCUUUGCUCGCAGGAGCAACUGUAAUUGGUAAAAAAGCACUUUUACUCGGUGGUGCUACCGUUGGAGCUAAGGCUCUAGUCGGUGCUGGAAUUCUUGGAGCUGGUUUGUACAAAGCUAACUAUUAUGGCGGCGGUUAUGGAGGUGGAUAUGCAAACUACUAUUACGUGCCAUCCGCUGCAUCAAGUUGGGUCUGACGACUAUAGAAUACUCACGCAAUAUGCGAUUAUGUCAACAAUUUCAUAUUAAUCGACGACUAGUUGUAUACCUAAAUAAUUUUGUUACUUAAUAAAUCGAUUUAUGGAAGAAA